UUAGUAUUUAAUUAACCGCCACACGUGCCGCUCGGUUUGUUUUUGUUUUCUUUCGGGGAUCUGAUCUGGAUAAAAUUGAAUGACCAGAUGAGCACCCAAAAGCUGGAGUAUGACUCGGUAUUGGGCGGUAAGGUGACACUGCCGUCUCAUGUUACCACAUACCAUUAUGCGGCCGGGGCGCUGCAGGAGAUUCGCAACCUGGUGGCCGACUGUCAGGAGACGACGCUCCGGAGCAGCAAACUAAUCUUCCAAACACUACCCAAGCACAUGCGCCGCCGGGCCAUGUCGCAUCACCCGAAGCGCCUGCCACGCAAGUACCGCCAGGCACACAAAUCCCAAAUGGCAAAGGGCGGCAACCAGCCGGUGAACAGCAAAUGCCCAUCGAGAAAAUACCGCCGGCGACCCAAGAAUCUGAUGCGGGAGUAUGUGCGCCGUCAGAAACGCCACGUCUGGCUGGAGACUCACAUCUGGCACGCCAAGCGAUUCCACAUGAUUGACAGAUGGGGUCACCGGCUGGCCUACGCCAGCUGCGACAAGACCUACCGCGCUUGCUAUCGGGCCAGUUCAGAGCACUGUCUACUGCAGGACAUAUCGUUCUACGGCUGCGUAGAGUUGCGAGGACCCUUAGACACACUGCGCAAGGGAUUCGCCCGCCUAACUAGCCCACAGUGUGGCCUGGGGAUCACAGCCAAAACUUUUCUGAACGGACGACGCGAGGGCAGUGUAGAGCUAUUCGAAGACGGCCGGUAUCCAUAUGGAGCCCUACAACGAGCCAGCUUUAUAUGGCGGCCGCAAGGAACAGAGGAGGAACACACGCUAUGGCUGUGGCUGCAUCCCAGUGGCUCUGAAGCUAUUUUAGAGCAGCUGCGCACAGUGUUUCAGCUGAAGUCUACAAAGCAGCAGAAGUUGCCUUUCAGUGAGGAUGUUGUUGAGCCGGUAGAGUUACCCAAAGAAACGAAAGGAAACAAGAAGGCUCAGCCUCUUGGCAAGGAAAACCAAGACAAGGACAAUCUGCAACAGGAGAAUGUUAAGAAGAAGUCAAGCGAGAAAGCCCUUCGGUUCUGGACACAAACAAAGGCCUUUGAGUUACGGCCUAGCUACUUCAAUCCGGAUAACACCGUCCACUUGGUGCUGCUGCAGCGGGAGUUCAAUCGUUUUCGUUUGACAGGGCCCAGAGCUCAACGCGUUUUACUAGCCAGCCUUCGUCCACAUCAAAAGGAUGAACUCCAAGAUCAAGCCAACUACUGCCAGGCAGCCCUGCAGCUGAGCUCACCCGCCGAGCUGCUAUCUAAUCUAGUAAUGGGUCACCAGGUGACGGAUCCUCGUCUGCAGCGACCGAAAAAGCGUACGAAAGCAGAAGGGAAAACGGAACCAACACUAUCCGCAGGGGAUCUUCUGGUUGAUCAACCAAAGUGCCUGUCAGAAAGUCCUUUGUGGAGCACGGAGGCUAGGGAGCGGUUGGCCGCUGGCAUCAUGUCCACGCAAACAUACGAGAACCUGCGUCAACAGCAUGCCGUGGUACCCGGAGUUCCUUGUGCCUUUGAACAGGAUAUGCAGGCGGUGCCUCUAAUUCUAAUUCAAAGGCCAGGAUCUCAAGAUCCCAGAUACAAAAGACUUUCCUACGGAUCCGGCUGGGAUGUAAUUGCUCCAACUGGAUAUGGCAUGCCUCUGUGGCUAACGCUCACCAUGUGGGGCGCCAGGCCGGGUGGACUAAGAGAACUCGAUUCGGUGGCUAGGGAGGCCGGCACCGAGAUGCAUUUGCCAGAUACAAUAACGGGAGUGCAGCAAGCUGCGGCUUCAGCAGAUGAGCUCCGUGUAAGAUACUUUCGGAUGCCGCCCAACAAGCGUACCAACUACCGAAAGCUGGCGGUGGUCAGUCCAUUCAGUGCUCCCUGGAAGUAUCUAGUGCGUGACUGGCGUUCAUCUUCAACUCCUGCCAACGGUUCCUCAUUCUAUGUCCUGCGCCAUCGCCAGCAGCUGGAGGAGAUUACAGAGUGCAUUCGACAACGUAGCGCGCUGUCUGAGGCGCUGCCCGAGGAGGCACUCAUUCAGAUCCAACUCCGAAUGAUAACCCGUGGUCAUGUAAAGGCCAACGCUCUGAUCUGCCUGCCCACGGCGGCGGAUCAUAAACAGCGCUGGAGGCAGAUAAAAAGAAAUGACCAGGCUCCCGUUUACGUAGAGCCAGCGCAGCCGGAUUUGAAUGAACAACAACGAAAAGAUCUCCGUCUGAGUCACAAGCUCAAGCUAAAGCGAUUACGGACUCGGAGGUUGCGUGUAAAGCGGCGUCUUCAAGAGAAGGCCACCAAGCGUGUUCAUAUACAACCAGCGAAUACGGCUCAUCUGGUGCGUGCCCAACUGCAGGAGAUGUGCCGCCUGUGGCUGCCCACCGAGCCGGCGGAGAUGCGGGACAGUGUACGCCGGCAAUGCAGUCGGGAAGUCUUUGGUUAUGUGAACUCGGCUGGAUUUAGUUUUACCGAGGGCCAUUUCUGUGCCGUAGGCUAUGUGACAACCGCAGGUCUAAGUCAGCUAACCAAGCAGCUGCCAAAACCCAAGCACCACCAGAAGCAGCCGCCACUGAUGCUUCUAGUUCGCAAUCCGGAUAGUCGAGACUACCGCUGGGCCAGCUUUCAAAUCAAUCUUAAUGUUGCUAGUCCAGCUUUUUGAUAGGUUUGCAGUUUAGUCAGGGGUUUUCCGCUGCAAGAACGAAGUUUAACCAGACUAGAAAACUCUACAGUUCUAGGUUGAGAAAAUCUUUAGAGAUCUUCAAUGGUGUCUUUUAAAAUAUGUUAGAACCCAUGAGAAACCGACCAAUAAAACUCGUUCGAAGUUUGUUGUACAUA